AUGGCCAUCUCUAUCGGUCGUGGUUGUUGCCUUUGUUGCUCUGUCAAAUCUGUUGCCAUGGUGGUUUCAGAAGAUCUUUUCCCACAAGAACUUGCCUCGUGUGGUGACGAUAGUCAGUUGAAGGGAAACUUAACUGAAUCGCAAGAAAGUAAACCAUCUUUGGUCUCAGUCUUGGAACCUCCUUGUCCUUCACCGAUGACAACCAAAUUUGAUAAUGUUGCUGCACAUUUUACAACCAGCUCAUCCUUUGGUCAUUCAGCAGUGAAUCCAAAAUCUGCUAACAGAGCCACAAAUUGUCCAGCCUUAGAUGGCAUCAAACGAAAGCUGAGAACCAUUGAAGGGAAAAGUGUUCCUACAGAAGUACAGCCACUACAGGAGAAAAGGCAGACUUUUGUGACAUGUUUUACAGAGCUGGGCUCUGGAGAUAAGGGAGCUGGAAACAUCAUUCCUGGCGGUGCCACACUGCUUUUUGAUGUCGAGUUGAUGGGCAUCAACCAGGCCCCACCUCCCCAGAAUGUUUUCAAACAGAUUGACAGUGAUUCCAACAACCAGUUGUCGAAAGAAGAGGUGGCAGAUUACAUAAAAAAGCACAUUUUCCCAACUGAGAAAGCUGAAGAGGUCCCUGCUGAAGAAGGAGCACCGCAGCAGCAAGAUCCUCUCAAGAUUACUGAAGAGAUCUUCCAGCACGAAGAUCACGACCGAGAUGGCUACAUCUCGUUCGAAGAAUUCUACGGACCGCACGAUGAACUCCAAGUCUUCCAUUCUCGCGAUCCAGUUUAAAUCUCAGAAUUAGCUCUCUCAACCGGCCAUAACAAAAUGCAAUUCCAUAUUGUUCUCUUUGUUGUUAUGUCUAAACCUCACUACCUGUUUCUGUACUCGUGUUAUUCGCCCACAUGAAUUAAAUGUGUUGUUCAACCUCGAGUUGAAAAACUCAAGAAACUAUCAAGAAAAUCGAUUAAAUAUCUUGUAAACUAUAAAACAUUUUUACAAAUAUUCCAUGUAAAUCUUUGUUUUAUCCUAAAUUACUCUUCUUUACUUAAGAUUCGGUUAAUCAGUGAUAUAUACUCGUUUGCCAGUUGUUUAUUAUGUUUUUAUUUGUCGGAUUGAAUUCAGAAAUAUAGGCGUUGAUCAUUC